ACCCAAAAGAAGCUGUGAAAUUGUCAGUUAUCUUACAUUUCCUUCUUCUUCCUCCCUCUUCUCCAUACUUAUUACAGUACCAACAACAACAACAAUUACUUUCUCUCUCACCCAUUUUCUCUCUCUAGAAAACCCACCAUUUUCUCUCUCUAAAAAACCCUUUCAUUUUCUCUCUCCAAAAUGCCACCAAAGAAGCGUAGAAGUCAAGUUGACGACCUCGCCGGAGAAGUGAAACCGACCGUCGAAGUUCCGUCGCAAAGAAGGGUGACUCGGAGUUUGACUCGUGCUGACGCGGUCCCACCACCACCACCAUCUCAGGUGGCUUCCAAGAGGAAAGGGAAGAAGGCCAAAACGACGGCUGAAGCGCCCAAAACGACGGCUGAAGAGGAGAAGAAGGAUGAGACUGAGGAUACUGAGGAAGAAGAACCUGUUGUUGAUGAUGGUGAUGCUGGUGCUUCUGGGUCUGGUUCUGCUGCUACUACUAUCGUCAUUGAGCAUUGUAAGCAAUGCGGAUCAUUCAAAACCAGGGCUAAAGAAGCGCAAACAGGCUUAAACGAGGGUUUACCUGGUACCAGAAUCGUGGUUAACCCUAAGAAGCCAAGGAAAGGUUGUUUUGAGAUUCGGGCGGAGGGUGAGAAAGAACAGACAUUCGUCAGUCUUCUGGAUAUGAAGAGGCCAUUUCAACCAAUGAAGGAUCUAGACAUGCAGGAAGUCAUCGCAGACAUCAUCGAGAAGAUUCAGGGUUGAAGGUUGGUGUGAACCUGUGCUAAGCUGAGAGAGCUUCAUUCUUCUGUGGUAUUUGAGAACAUUUGCUAAAAUGUCAGCAGUGAACCAUAUUGCUUAAACUAGAUCAUUCUAGUAGUAUUUCGUAAACCUAGAUAUUACAAUUGAUGUAACAGGGUUAGUACUCCUGGUGAACUUAUAUCUCAUUUCAAAACUGUACACAGGUGCUAGCGUGAUCACUGAUUAGUCACUUUGAUGAGAGCUUAAACUCAACUUAUCUGAUGAUUCUGAUCAUCACAUUUCUGCUAUGGAAAUUAUUGUAGCUAGCUGGUUUUCUCUA